AUGCCUCAUUCAGAUAAAGUUGAUAAGUUGUUUAUUUAUUGGGAGUAUAAAGAACAUCCUGUCCAUAGUUUUUUUUAUAACUUAGAAAGGAAUCUAAGAACCUAUGGAUCAUUUUCUAAAAGGGUAAAUAAUUUAAAACAAAGACGAGGUGAUGCUUUAGGUGAAGAGGUCGAGGAAAACCUAUUAGCCUAUGUUCGAGCAAAUCCCAGAAGUUCAACACGGCACGUUGGUAGAGAGCUUGGAAUAUCUCAUACCACAGUUUGUAAGGAUGGUGCUUCAGCUCACAAUGUUCACAAAGUUCGCGACUAUUUAAAUGCACAAUUUCAAAAUCGAUGGCUAGGAAUUUACGGACCCAUUGAGUGGCCACCACGAUCACCUGACCUUACGCCAUUAGAUUUUUUUUUAUGGGGACACUUGAAAACAAUAGUGUAUGCCGAUCCUUCUAUAAAUCUUCAAAAUUUAAAAGAUAAGAUAACAGCAACAUGCAAUCAACUGACUGAUGAACAAAUUACUGCUGCAACAAAUAAAGAAUUUAUGCGGCGCGUUGAAGCAUGUUUUGUUUACGGCGAAGAACAGUUUGAACAAUUUAUUCAUUAG